AUAACCAAAGGAAAACUAAAAAGGAUUUUUCAAAGAAGUGGGACCAAAGGAACAUCAUAAGUCACAUGGGCAAAGAGAAGAUAGAUUGGUGAGAUGAUAUCAAUCUUCUCUUCAUUCACAUGUACUCUAUGACUACCUCUUUACUCCUUAAAUCUUUUCUUUUGCCUAUUAUAUAAAUCCACAAAACCCCUAACAGUUACUCUUGCCAAGUGCCAAACUAAGGCUUCACACUCUUCAUUCUUUCCAAAAAAACAUGAAUUUUUUCUCUUCUUCCUCAUUAUUCCAUUUCUUGUUAGUCUUGACUAUAUGCAUUUGUUGUGUAAAUUUAGUGUACACAACUCCAGUCAAGAUUGGCAAAGGCUAUAGAUUAAUAGCCAUUGAAGAAUCACCAGAUGGUGGCCUCAUUGGUCAUCUCAAAGUCAAGAAAAAGAACAAUAUUUAUGGCCCUGAUAUUCCAUACUUGCAGCUCUAUGUCAAGCAUGAGACAGAUAAUCGGUUGAGGAUUCAAAUAACAGAUGCAGAGAAGGAAAGAUGGGAAGUUCCAUACAAUUUAUUACCAAGGGAAAAAGCUCCAUUAUUGAAACAAACAAUUGGUGUUUCAAGAAAGAAUAAUCCAUUUCCACUAGGAGUCUCAGAAUAUUCAGGAAAUGAAUUAAUUUUCAGCUUUACCACUGACCCUUUUGGUUUUUCUGUGAAAAGAAAAUCAAAUGGACAAACCCUUUUCAAUUCAAGUUCAGAUGAUUCAGACCCAUAUAAUAAUUUGGUAUUUAAAGACCAAUAUCUUGAAAUAUCAACAAAAUUGCCCAAAGAUGCUUCUUUAUAUGGUUUAGGUGAAAAUACACAACCCCAUGGUAUUAAAAUUUACCCAAAUGACCCUUACACUUUAUAUACAACUGACCAAUCAGCAAUUAAUUUGAAUAUGGAUUUGUAUGGUUCACAUCCAAUGUAUAUGGAUUUAAGGAAUUUGAAUGGUGAAGGUUAUGCACAUGCAGUUUUAUUGCUAAAUAGCAAUGGAAUGGAUGUAUUUUACAGAGGGAAUUCUUUGACAUAUAAAGUGAUUGGGGGUAUUUUGGACUUUUACUUCUUUGCUGGUCCCACACCUCUUGCUGUUGUUGAUCAAUAUACUGAAUUUAUAGGCAGACCUGCUCCUAUGCCCUAUUGGUCUCUUGGUAAGUUUUCUUAUAAUUUCUUGCCUUAUCUUUUUCACUUCAAUUAAUGGCAUUAAUUGUGAUAUUUGUUGAUAUUUAAGUUUUUGGUUGGUGUGGUUUCUACUAAAUUAGUACGUAUGAGUAGGGGCCUGAAUAUAUGCUGUUAAAGUUGGAAAAAAACGCAGCAUUUAAAGGUGAAGUAGGUAAAAGAGUAAUUAGAGGUUAACAUUAUGUUUAGAUAGAGAUUUCUUUGCACCAGCUUGGCGAAUCGCAUCCCCGCACAACAACAUUCUUUGUUUGUGCGCCCCUUACCGUUCUCGUUCAGUCUUUCAACGGCUGGGAAGGCAGUCGUGAUUUUACUUGAGCUACUAGGGUUCAUACAAUUUCAAAUCUUGUAAAUGUGGUAUAUAUAAUAUCCAGUGGAAUUUCAUAUACGAUUAUUUAUUAUUAUAGGUCGGUCAACUUAACCUGAUGACGUGAAAAUGUACACAUUUUUGGGGCACAUAACUUGAACUUUUACAUAACAUAGC